UUCCCAUUGAUAAGCCACCCGAUAUAAAGCUGACAUUAAGGAUCGACAAACAAAUCGAACCCGAUCGCGAUCUCGCUGGAAAAAGGAAGAAGCAGACGACAGAAUGGCAACCGUUCAGGUUUCGGCACAGCCCAAGAUCACAUUACCAGAACCAGGAGCUCUACCAAAAACGGACAGGAAUGUUGACGAUUUUAGGAACUUUAAGGAUUCGACCUACCAAGAGCGCGUGGAGAGGACGUACAGGCUGAUGCACACAAACCAGACAGUCGACUUCGUCAAGAACAGGCUUGCGUUCUGGAAGACCUUCCACCAUGACGAAAAAACCAUAAUGGAAGCUUGCGAUCUCCUCAAUGAGUUAGUUGACGAAACGGACCCUGAUCUUGGUGUUCCCAAUGCCAUCCACGCCUUCCAAACCGCCGAGAAGAUCCGCGAGGCUCAUCCAGACGAGGACUGGUUUCAUCUGACUGGAUUCAUUCAUGACAUUGGCAAGGUCAUGGCCAUGUGGGGCGAGGAACAGUGGGCCACCUGUGGCGAUACGUACCCAGUUGGCUGCCGACCAUCAGACCAAGUGGCAUUUGGCUUAGAGAGCUUUAAAGACAACCCAGACAUGAAGCAUGAUGUCUUUAGCACAAAAAUGGGGAUGUAUAAAGAAAACUGUGGACUGGAAAAUGUUCUCAUGUCGUGGGGUCAUGAUGAAUACUUUUACCAUGUGUUGAAGAACUCUCCAAGCUGCAGUCUUCCUGAGGAGGCAUUCUACAUGAUCCGGUUCCACUCCUUCUACCCCUGGCACACGGGUGGAGACUAUGACUACCUCGUGAAUGACAAAGACAGGAAGAUGUUACCGUGGAUCAGGGAAUUCAACAAAUUCGACCUCUACUCCAAAUCCGAGACUCUUCCGGACAUGGACGCACUCCGCCCUUACUACCAGUCCUUGAUUGACAAGUACGUUCCCGGCAAGAUCCGUUUCUGAGGUGGUCGCUUCCCAACUGAAAUGACCACGCUGGCCAUCGCACAGCUCCUGCGGGGAUUAAAACUGGUAGAGAGAAGACCUCCGCACUUGUCCGAAGACAUUUUUUUGUAUUCUAGUCCAAGAGUAUGAACUUGACAUAUCAUUCCUUGUAUCCUUAGAUAUCAAAAUUACAGUCCUUAUUGCAACUGUGACAAUCCACAAAAUCUUGAAUGCCGGCCAGAUGUUUGCAUAUUAACAAUGGUAAACAAAUAACACUAAGAAUAAAUGUACAUUUUAAUGUUUAUGA